GUUGACUGCACCAACGGAUACUGAUUUCGGUGGAUCCAGUUCGUCUCCGACCGGAAAUUGCUACGAGGUGUUCUUGAGCUUCAGAGGCUCGGACACUCGAAACGGUUUUACCGAUCACCUCUACCACGGGCUCGUCGAUGCUGGAAUCGACACUUUCAGAGACGAUGACGAGCUCUGUCAAGGGCAGGGCAUCAGACCAGUGCUCAUGGACGCCAUCACGAACAGCAAGGUCCUGAUCCCCAUUUUCUCCGAGAGUUAUGGUACAAGUAGCUGGUGCCUGGAUGAACUGGUUCAGAUAUUGGAGCGCAAGAAUAACAACGGGCAGAUAGUCUUGCCUAUAUUCUACAAAGUGAAACCAUCUGACGUAGGACAUCAGAGGGGAAGUUUUGGAGAUGCAUUUCUUAAGCGUGAGAAGCGUUUGCUUAAGAGGGGUUUCGAUCCAACGACUUUGGAGAAUUGGAAGAAAGCACUCCUUGAAGUCAGCACCUUGAGUGGAUACGAAGCUGAUGGGUAA